AUGGCGGCAGCAACAGCUGCUGCUGCUGUUGCUCAUCAAGCUGGUGACGACGAGGUGGCGAUGAAGGAGGUGGCGCAGGUGUACGAGCUGAUCAAGACGCACCAGCCUCUCCUCCUCCUCCACGCUAACUCGCAGCAGCAGCAGCAGCUGGCCUACAGCCUCCUCACCGAGGCGAUGCGAGCCCUCAACGUCGCCCUCUCCGUCAUGAAGCACCUACCAUCGUCACCGGCUCCUGCUACUAUUCCGGUGAACAUGAUCAAACCAGAGGUGACUCCGGCGAACAGUAACGCCGCCACUGCAGCAGAUGGUGGAGAUGGCCAGGUCGGAGGAGGAAAGGCUACUAGGAGAUCAGCCGCCAAAAGAAGAAGGAUUAACGGUGCGGACAAGUCUUCGUGGCUUCAACUGACGACGGUGCCUCAUGAGGAUGGCUACCAGUGGAGGAAAUAUGGUGAGAAGAAGAUCCAGGGCACUGAUUUCACAAGGAGCUACUUCAGGUGCACGUACAGAGAUGACAAGGGCUGCCAGGCCACCAAGCAAAUCCAGCAAAAGGAUAACAACUACCCACCCAAUUUCCAAGUGACUUACAGCAAUGACCACACUUGCAACUCCUGCACCGAUAGGGUUAUUAACAGCAGCAAUCAUCCUGCCUUGCACAACCUAGCAGCCAAUCCGAUUGGUCGCCCUGAUGAUGAUGAUGACACCAUCUGCAACAAGAUGAUCAAGCAAGAACCACAAGUCGCUUGGCUGCCUCCUCCUCUGACAACCAUUUCUAACAGUCUUGAUGGAACGCCAGCAUUACAUGUGUACCAAGCUGAUGAGGUACCCCCUAGCAGCAAAAUCUACUGCAGUGACAGUGUGGCCGGUACUUGUUCUUCCAAUUCCUCUGUCAUAUCUUGCUACACUGACGAAUUCGAUCUUCAGAUGGGGCAGCAGUUGGAGACGACGGUGAUGGAGGAAGCAUUAGGGCUAGGAGUAGACCUAGACGAUCCUUAUUUCUACGACUCAAACCUUCUCCUCCUGUAUGAAAACCUAAUGAAUUGCUAGCUACUAGCUCCAAUUAGGGUUGA